UCAGUGUCAAUGUCAUCUUUUAAAAACAUUGAAAGAAAUGUGUGUUUAAUUUAAUACUCUACAAAUAACUUUUUCAAUUAAAUAUAGAAUGUCGGCUCAGAUAGAAAACGAAUUUGCUGAUUUUAAGAUACCACCAAUUUUCGACGAUUUAAAUGAUCGUGUGAAAGAAUAUUUGUUAAAACCUGAAAGACUAUCAAUACAUAAAUGGGAAAGAUCACAAACACAUUGGCACAGAAAAACGGACAUUGAUUCCUUAAUUAAGUUUGAAGAUGAAGAUAUUGGUCUAGAUACCACAUUAGAUAUCAUCAGAGACCCUAUAACUGGAGAGAUAGUCGGUUUAGAAGAAGUGAGUAUACCGGUGGAAGAUGAUGAUUGCUUGUCUAUGGCCCGGGCACCUCUGCCACCAAGUCUUGCAACUAGGGGAACCACAACACAAAACCCUUUUUUACCUGCUGGCUUUGAGGAGGAACUCCAGAAAAUGUUGGAUGAAGCAACUAAAAGUGGUGAAAUCAAUAUAAACUUGGAAGAUGAUGAACCUGGAAAGUUUUUAGGAGAAGAAAUACUAACGACGCCACCAGGAAGUAAUGAAAGUGUUCUUUUUGAAAAUGAUGGUUUCACUCUAUUAAAAAGUGGCAGUACUGGUGAACAAAAAUUAGACAAAGAAGAUAUUGAUAAACUUGUGAAAAUUAAUCUUGAAGAAGUUGUUGAUAAUAAUGUGCAUUUAGUAGAUCUAUGGAAAGACGAUGAUGGAACUGAAUCAAAACCUAAAACAGUUCAAAAGCCAAAGAAAAUCGAUCUAGAUAUUGAUACAUCUGAGAGUGAUAACUUCUUAGAGAAUACUAUAAUAAAACCUCCGGUAGAACUUCCAGAGAUACCAGUACUGAAUAUAACAAGUUCUAAAGGCAGGAUGGCGGUAACAUCAACUGAUUGGGCAGAAAUGAUUGAUGUUACACUCCCUGUACCAGAUUUUAGAGAGAAAAUAAGAGAUAUGGCACACUCGUAUCCAUUUGAAUUGGAUAAUUUUCAGAAGCAGGCUAUACUAAAACUGGAGGAAGGUCAUCACGUGUUCGUAGCCGCACACACCUCAGCCGGUAAGACUGUUGUAGCGGAGUACGCUAUUGCUAUGUCCAGGAGAAAUUGUACAAGGGCAAUUUACACUUCACCUAUCAAGGCGUUAUCCAACCAAAAGUACAAUGAUUUCAACAAAAUGUUUGGUGAAGUGGGUUUACUGACCGGGGACCUGCAGAUCAAUGCGACCGCCUCCUGCCUCGUUAUGACCACAGAGAUCCUGCGCUCAAUGCUCUACUGCGGCUCUGAUGUCACCAGAGACUUAGAGUUCGUUAUAUUUGAUGAAGUACAUUAUAUUAAUAACGCCGAGCGUGGUUACGUAUGGGAAGAGGUACUUAUAUUGUUACCUGCGCACGUAAGCAUAGUUAUGUUAAGUGCAACAGUACCUAAUACUCUUCAAUUCGCCGACUGGGUGGGACGUACUAAGAAACGGAAAGUAUUCGUUGUGUCAACACCGAAGAGACCAGUGCCACUAUGCCAUUACUUAUAUACAGGUACCGGUGGUAAAUCUAAACACGAACGAUUCAUGAUAGUAGAUCAGGAAAGUAAUUUCCUAUUGAGAGGAUACAAUGAGGCUGUUGCCGCCAAAAAGUCCAGAGAGAAUGAAUAUAAGAAAAGUUUCGGACCAAAAGGUACAAAGCAAUACAUGAACCCGAAAGCUGAACAAACAAUGUGGGUGGCGUUCAUAGACCAUUUGCGGCAAUCGGACAAGCUGCCUGUUGUCGCUUUCACACUUUCUAGGAACAGGUGCGAUCAGAAUGCAGAGAAUUUAAUGUCGGUUGAUCUCACUACGGCCAAAGAAAAGGGGCACAUUAGGAAUUUCUUCCAGAAAUGUCUACAGAGACUAAAGAAGCCGGAUAGAGUGUUGCCACAGGUUAUCAGAAUGCAGAGGGUACUUGAAAAUGGUAUUGGUGUUCAUCACAGCGGUAUCCUGCCUUUGUUAAAGGAAAUUGUCGAAAUGUUAUUCCAAUCGGGUUUCGUUAAAAUUCUGUUCGCGACGGAGACAUUUGCGAUGGGUGUGAACAUGCCGGCGCGUACUGUUGUAUUCGAUGACAUAACCAAAUUUGACGGCGUUCAGAGUCGCCAUCUUAUGCCCGCUGAGUACAUACAGAUGGCGGGACGAGCCGGCAGAAGAGGUUUGGACGACACAGGCACUGUCAUAAUUCUCUGCAAAGAGGAAGUGCCAAAUCAAAUUAAAUUAAAAGAAAUGAUGUUGGGUACCCCUGAAAAACUUUCUUCUCAGUUCCGUCUUACUUACGCCAUGAUACUUAGUCUAUUGAGAGCCGCAACUGUAUCAGUGGAAGGUAUGAUGCAGCGUUCUUUUAGGGAAUUCUAUCAGAUAUGUCAAGCUGAUAACCAUAGAAAACAACUGGAAUUAGCUGAAAAAGAAUAUAGUCAGAAAUGCAGUACGCCAUUGCCUGCGCACUUAGCGCCUCUAGCGACGUUUUAUGACACUGCCGCGGCUUAUAUUGACGUCCUUAAUGAUAUCAUGCCUAUACUUCUCGGACAACCUAAAGUAGCCAAGGAAUUAAUACCUGGAAAGAUCUUAAUACUGUCCGCAGGACCUUAUAUAAAUCAACUUGGAAUUUAUUUGAAUAGUUCAGGUCCUCGACAAACUCCAUAUAAAGUGUUGGUCUUGAACACGAUCGAACAAGACCCUAAUAAGUACAAUUUUGAUUUGGAUGAAAAUUGGUACAGGAUGCUUAGUUUUACUGCUAUGUAUGAUGGAAUAGGUACUGAAGAAGGCACACUUAAUCACUCGAUACUCUGCAUUGCACCGAAGAACAUAAUCGCUGUCACCAAAAUGACAUUAAAAAUAGAUGCCAGCCGUAUCAUUCAAGAUUGGGACCAGAGACAGAUUCCAAGGUUCAAAGACGCUCCAGUGGGAUCUAGUUGCGCGGCCGCGGUGCAGGAACUGUCUCGUUUGUCGCACGCCGUACGCACUGGCGCCAGCGCACUGGAACGUGUCAGUCUCACACAAUCACUCUCCAUCACUACUGGAGAAGUUCUGCAAUCGCUUGACAAGAUGAACAAAUACAAGGACAUGUUAGAAUCUCAAAAGAAAUCAACUGAUAUCGCAAACUUUAAAACAGAAUUCGCGAUAGUUUACGAAAGAAAGCAAGCUGAAAGGAAGCGGGAUAAAUACAAAUUACUAUUAUCAUUUGAAAACUUAGCUUUGUACCCGGAUUAUCAACGAAGACUGUUGGUGUUACGUGAAUUAAAUUACAUCGACGAACAUGAUAGUGUCAUAUUGAAAGGUCGUGUGGCAUGUGGCAUGGGUACUAACGAACUCAUUAUAUCGGAGCUGGUCUUUCGUAAUGUGUUCACUGAUAAAAACCCAGCGGAGAUAGCGGCUUUGUUAAGUUGUUUUGUAUUCCAAGCUAAGACAAAUGUCAGCCAGCCUUUGACUGAUAAAUUAAAAGAAGGUGUUGAUGCAAUCAAAGCCAUCGAUGAAGAUUUAACAUCAAUCGAAUCUAAAUAUCUGGUCAGUCAAUUUGAUGGGCAAGGAGAAAGGUUAAACUUUGGUUUAAUUAGAGUUGUAUACGAAUGGGCCCUCGAGAAACCCUUUGCAGAGAUAAUGGAUUUAACAGAUGUGCAAGAAGGCAUCAUAGUCAGGUGUAUUCAACAACUACACGAAUUGUUGAUUGACGUAAAAGACGCCGCUGUUGCAAUAGGAGACCCGAAGCUUCAAGCCAAGAUGCAAGAAGCGUCUACUGCUAUUAAAAGAGAUAUAGUCUUCGCUGCCAGUUUGUACACAACAGCUAGAGAAACUGUAAUAUCAUAAAGAAGAUUUUUUUUUUUAAUUUAAAUAUGUACAUAUGAAACUGACCAUAAAGAAAUAAUAGCUUUCUAAUUUACGAUAUAUAAAACUUUAAUUGUCAUAGACCAGUAUGAGUCCACUUCCACUGGUAUAAGAGCGCUCUACACCCUCAAUGAAUUUUUGCCUAUUAAUAUCUUGAUUUGUCUACAUCUAUGUAAUAGAUUUGAAAUCAGCUUAUAAAUGUAAUCGUCGUACUGAAUAUGGAUACCUAUAUUACAUU